GAUGCGUGGCUGAUCUGUUACCGUGACUCAGAGUCGUUGUGCUGUUGGUCUACAGUAUUAUUUAAAAGCCUCCCAUAGUCUUCGUCAGAACAAUACUCAACUGAAGACGCAAGUCAGCGAUAUCACUUUGGAGUCUGAAGAUAGCAUUCAUAGAUCUCUAAGCUGCUGUGACUGUCAAUCACAAUGGGUCGAACACUUACCUAUCCCAAGAAAGAUAUCAAUACCGUCAAACGGUACGCCCAUCGAGCAACAUACGAUGUCGCCGCCAUUCACUCCAUCAUCAACUUAAGCCAGGUUCUACACGUCUCCUUCAGCCCAGGACCCGAAGACCCCUUCCCAGCAACCAUCCCAAUGAUUGGACAGAUGGGAUCCUUUGAAUAUCCUUCCGCCGAUCUGGGAGAACCUCUAGAUUGUUACGUCCAUGGCUACGUCAGUGCACGCAUGGCUAAUCUCGCCCGCAAGUCAGAAGAAGGGCUACCCGUUUGCAUCUCAGCUAGCAAGGUGGACGGGUUGGUGUUGUCACUCACUCCGUACAACCACAGUUACAACUAUCGCUCCGCUAUUUUGCAUGGAUAUGCCAAAUUAGUCACUGAUGAAGAGGAGAAGAUGUGGGCUCUGAAGUUGAUAACAGACUCUGUUGUUCCGAAUCGAUGGGAUAAUAGUCGUACUCCUCCGGAUAAAGGAGAAUUAGCUUCCACUUCGAUCCUAAAAGUCAAGAUUGUUGCUGGAAGUGGCAAGAUUCGUGACGGAUGUGCGUCGGACGAGAAGAAGGACUAUCAGAAUGAUGAAUUGACGAGUCGAGUCUGGACAGGUGUCGUGCCUGUCUAUGAAGUACUGGGACAGCCGGUGCCAAAUCCAGACAAUAAAGUAGCACAGGUUCCGGACUAUAUUCAGUCCUAUGUUGAUGGGUACACGAAGAAGAGCAAAGAAUAUGCUGAGAACGCAGUCAAGGUUGCUCUACCGAAGGAGGAGCAACAUUGA